AUGGCACUCAACUCUAAGAAAUUAAAACUAGUAAAAAUCACUAGAAACAAACAAAAUUUGACGCCAGAAAAAGUGCGUUUAAAAAUGUCUUCCUUACGAAUAAAUUUAUCUAUCAUUAGAAUAAUUUUAAUGUUAAUAAUAUCAAAAUCGGUAGUAUGCAACCGUCCACCAAGAUUUGCUACAGACGGACAGGCAGAGAUUGUGUUAAGGCUAAAGGAAAGUCCUGAAACCCAAGUUGGUACACUUAUUUAUAAACUUAAAGGUUUUGAUCCAGAUAAUGAUCCUCUAACAUUUGGCAAACGUCCAACACCCGACAGUGAUGUUAUACGCAUUGAAAACACUAACAGUAACGAAGCUAACGUUUAUUUAGCUAAAGAACUUGAUAGAGAAACACAAGAUGAAUACUCAAUAAUUUUAACACUCAGUGAUAAUCAUUACAACGAUUUUAAUUAUGUUACACAGAGUUUUCUACUCUUGGUAGAAGAUAUAAAUGAUAAUGCACCAAUAUUUUUACCUUAUCAUAGUGCUAUUGAAGUGCCAGAGAAUAGUUCACCAACAGUGCUUAUGUCACUAGAAGCUACCGAUGCAGAUGAGGGUGCAUACGGACAAGUUGUUUACUAUUUGCAAGAACUAGAAGGCGAUAAUGAUAUAUUUUCUAUAACAACUUAUCAAGGGAAAGGCAUACUUAAGCUUAUUGGCGAUUUAGAUUAUGAAAAUAAAAGCUUAUAUCAAUUACGUGUCUUAGCCAUAGAUCGUGCUAAUCAGGGACCAGUGAACACUGGCACUGCCGCUAUACUAGUCAAAGUAACCGAUAUAGAAGAUCAACCGCCAGAAUUUGUGGAAGUGCAAGCUGUCGCAAGAAUUGCAGAAGAUGCACCCAUACGUACAAAGGUUUUACGUGUGCGUGCUAUUGAUGGAGAUCGCGGUAUCAAUAAUCCAAUACAAUAUGAAAUUGAAGAGAACGAGUUAUUUGAUAUAGAACCUAGCACAGGCAUAGUUUACACUAUAAGUGAAUUAGAUCGUGAGGAUACGACUAAUCAAGUCAAUGGCGCACACAUAUUGCAGAUAAAAGCCACGGAAAUAUCUAAAUCAACUACAAAUGCAGUGGACAAUACGACAGCACAAACGGAAGUCACAAUCAUAAUUACAGAUGUUAACGAUGAGAUACCAACGUUUAGCCAAAGCAUUUAUCGUUGCGAAGUCAAUGAAAAUGCUCAGGUUAAUACGCCUUUGACUUAUAUGGAUGAAAAUGUACAAAAUUUUGUAUAUGAUGGCGAUGUAGGGAAAAAUGGUACUUUUCGUCUGUUCUUAGAUCCUCAAAAUGAUAUUUUCGAAAUUGUGCCAGCCUUAGCUGUCAAUGAGGCGAAUUUUAUUAUACGUGUGAAAAACUCUGAAGCCAUAGAUUACGAGCGAAUGAAAGAAAUAAACUUUACUAUAUUUGCGAGGGAAAUAGAGGAGACUAGCAGAUGGAGUUCCGCACAUGUCGAAAUUUACAUACGUGACCAAAAUGAUAAUUUUCCUCAAUUUAAACAACCACUAUAUAACGCCAAUGUACCGGAAAAUAGUGAUAUUGGCACUAUUAUAACGAAAAUCGAAGCAAUUGAUGAAGAUUCCGGAGAUUUUGGAACUAUGGGAAUACGUUACCGUAAUCUUAAAGGCGGUAUUGCCCAUUUAUUGCAAUUAGAUCCAAUUUCUGGCACUAUAUCUAUAAAGCAAGCUGGUGGUGAAGCAUUUGAUCGUGAAAUUAUAUCACGACACUACUUAACCGUAGAAGCUAUUGAUAAUGUCGGUUUGGGAAAUCGGAACACCGCACAAAUUAUAAUUAACAUAGAUGAUGUUAAUGAUAAUGCGCCUAUAUUUUUGCAAAGGAGCUAUGAAGCCAAAUUACUGGAGAACAAAUUUGAAUUUGAAACCCCACUUAUGUUAGAAGCACGUGACAUUGAUUUAAAUGGGACUGAAAAUAGUCAAAUCACUUAUGAAAUAGUUGAGGGACUUUAUAGAACAAAUUUUUCUAUAAAUGCUGAAAAUGGUAUAUUAAAACCACUACAACCUUUCGACUAUGAAGAACUUGUUGAAAAUAAGCGUCAAAUCCGUAGAAUGGAUUUUGCUGUUGGGAUGCGAGAAAUAGAUCUUUUGGUACGUGCACGUGAUUCUGGUAUACCGAUGUUAUCAACAGUUGUACCAGUGCUCAUCUAUGUGCAGGAUAUUAAUGACAAUCCACCAAUUUUUCAAAAGAAUUUUUAUGCUAAAACAAUACCAGAAGAUCUGCCUGGUAGUAGUUCUGUAUUGCAAGUGCAAGCAAUCGAUCGAGAUGGUUCCGCACCAAACAAUGUCAUUGUGUACCGCAUUCAAGCGGGCGCAAGUGAUAAAUUUAUAAUUAAUUCAGAAACCGGAAUAAUAUCAGUUGCUCCAGGUGCCAAUUUGGAUCCAGAUCUGACAGAUAAUAAGAGAACAAAUUAUAUGUUGACAGUGAUUGCUCUUGAUGGUGGUAUAGGAAACUCGCAACUCAUGAACUCAGCCACGGUUAAUAUUACAAUUAAAGAUGUGAAUAAUAAACCUCCUAUUUUAAGUGACCUACCCACGGUACACAUAAUGGAGAAUACACCGGUGGGGCAAACAGUAUAUCAAAUAAAGGCAACAGAUUUGGAUGAGCUUCCCAUUAUUAGAUACCAAAUAAACAAAAGCAAUUCUGUAGCUCGAAAUGAAGAGGGAUCAUUUGUUAAGACAACCGAAUAUGAUUACCUUUCAGUAUUUGACUUAGAUCCAAUUGAGGGAAACCUAAAGUUGGUAAAGAUAUUAGAUCGUGAAAAAGUGGAGCAUAUUAAAUUAGCUAUUCUAGUUGAAGACUUGGCAGCUGCUAAUGGAAAACAAGUUGUAGAAGGUUUCUUAAAUAUUGAAGUCGAUGAUGAAAAUGACAAUAAUCCCAAAUUCAAGCAGCCAUUUUACCGUAAAUCCAUUACAGAGAAUAGCAUAAAUGGCAUUUUAAUAGCUAAUGUAGUUGCAUAUGAUAUAGACAAAAACAAAACAAUCAUAUACUCGAUGGAAGGCAAUCCUAUUUAUAGAAACUUAGUACACCUCGAUACGCAAACCGGUGAAAUACUUGUGGCAAAUAAAAUCGAUCAUGAACAACAUCAAUGGUUAAAUUUCUCUGUACGUGCAACCGAUUCCGGUGUACCACCUAGAUCAACGUUAGUAGAUGUAUUUGUGUCUGUACUAGAUGAAAACGAUAACAAUCCAUACUUCAUUGGUGGUUCAAAAAAUUACACGAUAAGCGAGAAUGCUGCAAUUGGUACAAGAGUAGGCACAGUACAAGCUGCAGACGCUGAUUCUGGAGAUUUUGGAAAAAUCACUUUUUUAAUGGAUCGCAUUAGCUCACAGGGAAAGUUUUCAAUUGAUGCGGAUACAGGAGUACUAACAGUCACCGAAAAGCUUGAUCGUGAAUUGAAAGAUUUUUAUAUGUUAGUAAUAGAAGCUUGGGAUAACUAUCAGUUUGGUUUCUUAGCUGGCGAAAGUCGAAAUGCGUUUAAACAAAUUUUAGUAUCAUAA